CUAAGAUCUACAUGGCAUACUCCAUUCACUGUCCACUUGGUUGAGGAGCGUCGAUUGUUCCAACACUGAUCGAAUAUGUGUGUCUUACAAGUGAUUUCCCACGCAUCCGAUGACCGCCUGUGACCAGCACGCAGCGCAACAGCAAACUUGUCCCCAUCACCCCAUGAUGUCUCUCCCUCGCUCAGACUAUGACCCCCGCAGAGUGUGUCUAAACCCAUUUCCAGACCUCAACUUGAACUUGGGAAAGCAUCGCCGGACUAUUGGUAUUUACCUCGCGGGCGCUUUGUUCGCGCUUGCAAACUGGACUUUCCUCGAUGCUGCCAUCCUGUCUGCGCAUGCUCACCCGCCUUAUGAUGAACCCCAAAUCCCGCCUCCCGUGCAUGUGCAGUUCGCUGAUUGGGUGCCGGGUAUCUGCUCGCUCCUUGGCAUGGUCAUCAUCAACUUGAUCGACAAGGAUAGGAUUAGAGGGGACGAUUAUGGAGAUUCUAAUGCUGUGUGGAGGGCACGUCUUUUCCUGUUUAUCGGAUUUGCAUUCAUGGCUGGCGGACUGGCGGGGAGCGUGUCCCUUCUCGUGCUGAAAUACAUCAUGAUGGACUACCCCGAGCAGUAUACUUACUACGGCUAUGCGAACGUGUCGCAGAACGUGGCGAUGAUGCUGUCGGCGGUUGUGCUUUGGAUUGCGCAGAGUGCGCAGACCGAAUAUGACUAUAGCCUUACGCUUUAGUGACAGAUGCGAUUUCGUUGAUUUCUUCAGCGUAGCUGUGAAUAU